AUGAAAACCCCAGCGGAGCAAGUCGACGACCUCAAAUAUUGGCUAGCUACCGCACCAGUUAGCUGGGAUCCGGACCAGAAUAUUCGUCGUUAUCUCCUCCCCACAGGUGAAUAUAUUUCAUGCGUCCUCUGGAAUAGCCUCUACCACAUAACGGGUACGGAUAUUGUACGGAGUCUGGUAUUCCGCUUUCAAGCUUUCGGUAGACCCGUGAAAAAUAUUAAAAAGUUUGAAGAAGGGGUGUUCAGUGACCUACGAAACCUGAAACCAGGCAUGGAUGCUUCGCUCGAAGAACCAAAGUCAGAGUUCCUCGAAAUGUUGUACAAAAACAAUUGCAUACGUACACAGAAGAAGCAGAAAGUGUUCUACUGGUUCUCCGUGCCACACGACCGUCUAUUUUUGGAUGCACUAGAGCGUGAUUUAAAACGGGAAAAAAUGAAUAUCGAACCUACCACCGUUGCCGAAGCAGAACCCGCCCUCUCUUUCUCAUUUGACUCCACACAAUCAUUAUAUGACCAAUUUGCCAAGGGUAUGUCACCGAAUUCAUCUGCACCCUCUUCACCGCAACUUCGUAGUUUAAUGUAUGACCCAGUUCCCCCCAUGGCGCCCGCAAUGAUCAAGACAGAUGAUCCUUCGGGCGUUUUGUAUUCUCUUGACCAAGAAUCGAUGGGUAACUCGAAUUCUACUCAACCUUCCCUAGGCACAUUUGCUCUAUUUCAACCGAUUCCGCAGUGCGAUACUGCUUUGGUAAAAACACAAAUGUAUCCAUCACCGGACCUAAGUUAUUGUUCAAUGGAUGAGCUUCCAAAAGGGUCAUUCGAGGCCAAUUCACCUCAAGAGUAUUUCGUUUCCGAUUCACCGUGGAGUACCUCGACGUUGGACGAUCAAUAUGUGGAUAGUCGACACUCAUCGCCCGAUGGAUUCUCUCAGGCGAUUGUUCCUUCAUCAAAUGCCUAUAACAAUAAUUCUAACGUUGCAACAGCCGCUGCCGCCGCCAAUCUGUUUGGCAUGAUUUCCAUUUUCGGGGGAGCACCAACGUACAAGCAAAGGAGAAGACGCGCCAAUUCGUGUACAAAUGUGAAUAACAAUAGCAAUCCACCUUCACAUCGGUCCAAUACGACUCCUUACCCCCUCAAAACCUACACAUGCCCACUUCAAACAUGCGGUCGUCUAUUCAAACGUCUUGAGCACUUGAAACGUCACGUUCGCACACACACCAUGGAAAGGCCUUAUUCCUGCCAUGUUUGUGGCAAGAGAUUCUCCCGGUCCGAUAACUUAGCACAGCAUCGCAAGACCCACGAGCGCAGUCUCAGUAACUCCCCACCGCCUUCUGAUGAUGGUUCCUGUAGUUCCGACCUUGGUUAUGAUGAAGGCAUAGUUAGCGAUUGCUAUACUUAUGACAGUCCCGAUCACAUUCCACCUACCUGUACAGACGGCCUCGCUGUCUACACCACCGAACACUCAAAUUAUCCGAUUUUUAGUUUGCAUCCCGCUGCGUACCUAGAAGGGAGCACUGGGAACGGGAUAAUUGUUUAA